AUGGGAGAUAUCCCAGCAAAGGCCUAUGCUAUGCUUGAGGCAGUCGGCCAAGACUUCAACCUCAACCUCAUAGAGCUGCAGGAGACCCAUCUAUCCAACAUACCCAUCCUACCUCUGAUAGGCAGUCAGUUGGCAUCUGUACUGGCCUUCGGGGCUCUUAGGAUUGAGUGGGAUAUAUUCAGAAACUUUUUAACCCGAAUAUCGGGGACAUACACUGAGGUGGAGUAUCAUAACCAAGCCCAUGCAGCCCAGGUCACCUCUCAUGGUAACUACCUCCUCCGGGCUACAGGAAUGCCAGUAAGUGCAUUGGACCAUACAGCUUACCUUGUAGCCUGUAUAUGUCAUGAUGUUGGUCAUAGUGGUAAGAAUAAUGGCUUCUACGUAGAGACGGGUGAUCGCCUCGCUUUGAGAUAUAACGACAGAUCAGUCCUAGAACAGUUUCAUGUAGCAACAGCAUUCGAGAUGAUGGAGGACUUCCAUGAGUGUAACAUCAUUGAGAACCUUACCAGGGAAGAACGGAAAGGCUUCAGGUCCUUCGUUAUUGAGCUCAUCCUGGCGACCGAUAUGGCUAAACAUUUUGCCGCACUAACUGAUUUACGCUUACUAGUCCGUAAUUCGGAGUUCAGGACUGUGAUUCAAGACCAUAUGAAUGCUGACGAGCGGCUGCUUAUCUUCAAGGCCUGCAUUAAAGCUGCCGAUAUCGGUCAUACCUGUCUACCAUGGGAUCAGCAUUAUGAACUAUCUCUUCGAUUGGCUGAGGAGUUCUUCAAACAAGGGGAUCUCGAGAAACAGUUACAUGGGUACGUGAAAUAG